AUGUCUAAAUGGAUUUGGCGCUUCCUAAUUGAGAGAGAUCUUUUGUGGGCUCGGGUGGUACGGGCAUGUCAAGGGGAUAUUUGUUGGGAUGGUGAAGGCUUUUGGGUGGCGGGGAACAGAGGGAUGAGACCUGGAUGGUGGAAUAACAUGCUGGGUUUGAGCUGGGGGGAGGGAGAGAAGUGGUUUAGAGAGAAUCUAGAAAUGCAAAUCGGGGAGGGAGACACCAUUCUCUUUUGGCACCAUUGUUGGACUGGGGAGAGGAGUCUUUCGGAAAUGUUCCCUAGGCUUUACCAUCUUAGUAACAACCAGGGAGGUUACAUUAAAAGUAUGGGUAAAUGGGUUGAGGAUGAAUGGGAGUGGAGACUCACGUGGAACCGAGAAUUGCUGGAAAGAGAACUCGACCAGAUCAAUAAUCUUAUCUUUAUUAUCAACAAUUUUCGAGUGUGUGCAAGUGAAAAAGAUGGUUGGAGGUGGAAAACAUCUUCAAAUGGAAGGUUCUCAGUCAAUACGUCAUACAAGGUUCUUUGUUUAGAGGCAAAACCUGUCGAUAUCCAAAAAGAAGAGAAGGAAUGGCCAUUUAUCUGGAAAGCUCCUGCUCCAUUCAAGGCAAGAACUACAUCUUGGAAAGUUCUAAAAGGGAGACUGGCUACUUGUGACGAGCUCCAAAAACGGCAUGUGGCCAUUCAAAAUUCGGAGGCUUUAUGCGUUUUUUGCAAGUUGAAACCAGAAUCCAUCGAUCACAUCUUCUUUGAGUGCCAAAAAACCGAUGAAGUUGGGAAAAAUAUUUUACGUUGGAUUGGUAAACAGUCACCAAAUCACCACAAAGCGAACGAACAUAUGCUAGCAUUUAUUAAUCUUGGAAACAAGGAGGAUAUUCAAUUUCUUCUUGGAGUUUGGAUUUGUACAAUCUGGUGUGUUUGGAAAGGGAGGAACGAGUGCAUGUUUAACCAAGGAACAUGGAGAACAGAAAGAACGCUGACAGAGAUCAAGACGAUGCUGUGGGGGUGGUCACUGGCUUUCAAUUUGCCGACCUCUUCAACUGAGUUCAGACGCUGGUUCUCAGCGGUAAAGCUUUGUGGUUAA